GCAGGGUUGAAGUGCUGUAUUUGCAUGUUGCAUACACUCAUAGAAAGAACCAGACUUGACAGUAGCUCAUAUGUUUGAAGUCUACUCACUCACAGGCAUGGCUGCUCAUCUCAUCAUUCUUCUUCUCUUCAGUGUGCUCAAAGGAGUUCACAGCAUAACUACAGUCAGUAAAGUAUCAGUGAAAGCUGGAAAAUCUAUCUCCAUCCCAUGUCUCUAUGAGUCCCAAUACAAAAACCAUGUGAAGUACUUGUGUGAAGGAUAUUAUUGGACGUACUGCAGAUAUGCAGUAAAAACAAACAAAGCAGACCCUUCAGGAAAAUAUUCAAUCUAUGAUGACAAAAACCAGAACAUUUUUAAUGUGACUAUAAACCAGCUGACAAAUGAAAACACUGAUUACUGGUGUGUGGUGGAGAUUAAUAAAGGACAGGAUUAUAAACAGUAUUUUCAGCUGUCAGUUACCAGAGGUACCCCCAGUCUCUAUGUGGAUCAUCAGAGGAUUACAGGAUAUAAUGGAGAAAGCAAAACUAUUAGAUGUCACCACAGUAACUCUGGAGAAAUGAAGUGGUGCAGGCUGGGGAGGAACUGUGUGGCAGGAUCAUCUGGAUCCAUAGAUGGUGCAGCAGUGACCGCUCACAUGAGAGACCCAAAUGUUUUCACAGUGACCAUGAGUGGACUAAGGUCAAAGGACAGUGGCUGGUAUUGGUGUGCUAAAGGGGACAUUCAGAUACCAGUAUAUUUAAAUCUUACUGUGAGACCAAUCACUAGUGACCACUACCCCUACUACUGCUACUACUAG